AUGGCCGACGCUCAGACAAAAGCGGCCGCUGUCCCCGGACGAGAAGAGCGCAUCAAGCUAAGGUCAGCCUGUGAUCGCUGCUCACUGAACAAGAUCAAAUGCAGCCAGGAUAAACCAGAGUGCCAGCGAUGCAAGACCAUUGGAGCCCAGUGUCAUUACAGUCGGUCGAUGCGAAUGGGCAAACCUCGCAAGUCAGCUAAGGCGAAGGCCAUGAUGAAUGCAAAAUUGCCAGGAAAGCCAGAUGUUAACUCUACGACUGAAAACUCGCUGCCAGGCAGUAUCAACAUCAACAGCAGCGAAAAUGUCGUAAUUCCAACCACAGAAAUUCCCUGGAACACCGAUUGGAGUUUUGACAGUCUUUUGGCCGCCCACGAUCACAUGGCAACAAAUCCUGUAGCCUCAGGCACCCCAGCCGUCGACCCAUUCCGUGGAUUGUUCGACCAGCACACGAACACCAACCAUGGCAAUAAUGGCAACAAUGGCAACGCUGUUGUCUCGACUACUGACCUCAUGAACGUUGAUACGCUUUCUGCCUACAGCAACCCUCCUAGCCAAUCGGACGAUGCUUUCUUGACUUUUCCUCAAUCACCAGUCGGUGUGCAGAAGCCAGUCAAGGACGAGCCCGAGAAUGUCUAUCUCUCGCCUAGUAGCUACUAUGCUCCUUCGUUUGAGUCGACACUUCUCUCGACCGGAUCAAGCCCUUUCGAGGAUUUGGGUCCGGCUUUGUUGUCGCAGCACAAUGCUCAUGACUGUACUCAUCUGGCCUUGGAGACCAUGACUUCAUUGUGCCUGCCGUCUACCGUGCAGCGAACCGCAGAAGGACAGCCACGCCCGACAAUUGAUCAAGUGCUCAAGAUCAACAGCGAGGCCAUGAAGAAUGUUUCCACCAUUCUCGCGUGCAGCUGCGCUAAGGACUCGUCCUUUCCUAUGCUUCUCAGCACCAUCUUUUCCAAAGCAUUGGCCUGGUACCGGGCCGCAGUCGAGUCGCGCGAUCUGCCAGACAGCAACAGCAACAGCGUCAAGGAGGAAGUCGUGCAUCGUCCCAUUAGCGUUGGUGGCUACGAACUGGAUGACGAAUCCAGCGAUUUGAUGAAGAUCCAAUUGGUUCUCAACCGAUUGCGCAUGAUGUCCAAGCCGAUCAAGCAGUACAUUGAAAUGUACUCAGGCUCAGCGUGUUGCCAUGGUCAACCCAUUUCGCCGCCCUCAACAGCCGGCAGUCCCACUGAUACCAAGACCUCGAAUGCCGCGUUUGCGGUCGGUCCAGUACAGAUGUACUCAACAAUGGGCAGUUUCAUUCAAGGAAACCUGAAAUCUACAAUUGAGGAAUUGCAGUCGAAACUUGUUUCGAUGGGUGGACAUCUUUGA